UGUGUGUGUGUGUGUAUUUAUAUAUUACAUCGCCGCUAAGUUUUGUCCCGUGGUGUUCAGCGCUCAGUCUAAACCCGCACUAAGUGAACCAUGCCCAUCAUCCUCCGACACACGGAUCCUCUCCGAGCUUUAUAUUUUAUAUUGAUUAGAAUUGCAUCCCGCCGACGUGCGGUGGGCUCUCCCACAAUGCAUCGCGGCGCGGCUAUACGUCGGUAUCGGCUGAAACGCGCCCCCCGCAGUGUGGCUAUCAGGGGGACGGCGGCUGGUCCUGGGUGUGCUGAUCCGUGCUGAUCGUAUGGAUGCUGUUAGAGGGUCUGGAUCUCAGUCCUAGGACCAUCUUGGGUUUAGGGUUCAGUGUUUUCUGCUGGUUUCUUUUUUUCUUGUUGUGAUUUUUGGUUCCCCCUUCUCAAAGCGGGUUCGGAUCUAUCUGAGCUGUUUGGUUUAUCGAUCGAUGAUAGGUGGAGAUUCGUUGUUUUCUUUUUACCGGGAGUGGACAGUACUAUGUCCAGGCGCAAACAGAACAACCCAUUCAGAGUUAAUUGUAGGUAUUGUCCCAGGGCCGUUCCACACUUCAGGCAUGACAGGACUGCAGCACACCAUUAACAUGGACGGCCGGGACGAGUUCAUCCAGGGCAAUGCGCAACACGGCAUCCACUCCCAGGCGCUGCACGAGCAGGACAGCGUCUCAGAAGACAGCGAUAGCGAACAUGGCGACGACUCGUCCUCCAACACCUCCACGGACGACCUCAUGAGCGCCAAGCGCACGCCGUGCCGCCUGCAAGGAGCCGGAGUCAAGGAGGAGAGCGGAGAGGAGGCGGGAGAACGAGGCCACGGCUUCCAGUGUCCCCUCUGCACCCUGGACUUCAGCAGCCCCGAGAAACUCAUCUCUCAUGUGUACCAGCACACCGCCAUGAUGAGCAACACCAAGAGCUACGUGUGCCCAGUGUGCGGCCGCGUGCUGAGCUCCCCGGGGUCUCUGGGCCGCCACCUCCUCAUCCACUCAGAGGACCGCCUCUCCAACUGCGCCGUGUGCGGGACACGCUUCACCGACAUGGACAACCUCAACAGGGAAAAGCUGAAGGAGGCUCUGAACACCAGCAGCAUGCAGGACUGCGGCGGCGGCCGCGACGCCUGCGCCAUGACCCAGUCCCUCUCCGGCGGGGCCAUGACCCAGUCCCUCUCCGGCGGGGCCAUGGCCCACCCGGGGGCCCGCUCCUGCCAGGGGCCCGGCCCCAACGCGUGUCAAAUCCCCCCGGCCUGCCAGGGCGCCGGCCCCCGGCCCUGCCACGGCGCCGCGAUGGGCCCCGGGGACCAGGGCUCCUCCUUCCCCUCGCUCCCGGACAGCCUCCUCUCGGAGGGCCCGUCGCUCGGCUCCAUCACCGACGCCCUCAACUCGUCGUCCUCCUCGCUGCCCCAGAUCCCGGACAUCCUGAGCCCGGCGGGGGCGCCCGUCUACCCGGCGGGGGUGCUGCUGCUCUGCAACAGCUGCGUGGCGUACCAGCAGCUGGUGGACGCCCAGUCGCCCAUGAGGAAGUGGGCGCUGCGCCGGAAGAACGAGCCGGUGGAGGCGCGCACGCAGCGGCUGGAGCGCGAGCGCACCGCCAAGAAGUCGAAGCGUGCCCACGAGUCGGACGAGGAGCGCCAGAUGCGGCGGCUGCGGGACCGCGAGGCCAAGAGGAUGCAGCGCAUGCAGGAGUCGGAGGACCAGCGGUCGCGCCGGCUGCAGCGGGACCGCGAGGCCAUGCGGCUGAAGAGGGCCAACGAGACGCCGGAGAAGAGGCAGUGCCGGCUGGUCCGGGAGCGCGAGGCCAAGAGGAUCAAGCGGCGGCUGGAGAAGAUCGACCCGUCCCUGCGCACGCAGAUCGAGCACGACCCCGCCGCCAUGGCCGCGCUCACCGCCGACAUGAGCCUGUUCCAGUUCCCCUGCCCCAUGGGCGGCCCGCCCCUCGACAACGGCCUCUUCAUGAAGCUGCCCUGAUUGGCCCAACGGACCGCCUCCGCUCAGCCUCUCUGGGCCGUCGGGUCGCCAUAGAGACGAGACCACCCCCCCCCCCGCGCCGAUCGAACCCUGUUUCCGUCUCUGAGGAACGAACGGGACAACGGACCGCUUAAAAAAAGAUAUAUACAAAAUCUACUACUUUAUAAUUUAUUAGUCUUAGAUAAACACGUCCGACGGGACGGAGAAUGUUCCGUGUUGUGUGAAUGACGUGAUGAUGAUGAUGAUAUACAUGCAUGUUGUACAGAGAUUGAUGAGACGAAGAGGACACUGACUCCCCUCCCUGGAGGAUGUUUUUGCACAUGGACCGGUCAUCAGUGAUCGGAGAGCCCCCACCAUCCGCCUGCACACGGGUCGGUUCGUGUUUACUGGUCACCCCACCUCCCAUUACGCUGCCAUCACGGGUCAGCCUCUAUUCACCCACACAACUACCUCACUAGGGGCCCGGGGCUCUGGGGCCCUCUGCUCUGGGGCCCCCCCGUACCGUGGCUUACCCCUGUCCAUCUCCGGCCCCCCCCCCCCCCCCCCCACAAGCGUUUACCGAUCCACCACAGAUAACCGGGCCCCCCUCCUCAUUUGUCACUCAGGGACCUUCAACAGGACGACCCCCCCAGAGAGGAAAGGGGUCCAAACUGAACCAUGAGUUUCAAUUCGGGGUUCAGCUUGUUUCUGUGUCUGCGCUCAUAUUGAACAUGCCUUGUAUUCAGUAUUCAGUAUUACAGCUCGUCCAUAUCAGUAUAACUCAAUGCGUACGGCCCCUCCUAGUUUUGCGUUGCCAAAUGCCGUUUUUACUCGUAAUAUCACCCUCCAUACGCUUUGCCAAAUAGUGAUUUCAGUAUGUGUAGGUCAAGUUUCUGUGAUCUUCUGCAAAGUGUUUCCGAGGCCAUGAAAUGUCCAUUUGUGCUGCUGUUACCGUACGCGUUACCUCUGACCUUGGAGCCUCAGCAGACGGAGAUAGUACCUCAGACUAUACUCAUUCAGUGGCUUCACGAGUUCCACUACCACCACCAACCACUUUCUCAUUGUUUAAACCGUGUUUCUCCGAUCCGGAUUGGAGUCAAUACGACAGUACCUCAAGUUAAAACGUACAACCGAAUUGGGCAUUAGCAUUGAUGGUGUAUUUUAUCCAUAAAUUACUGACAUGUUUAGGACAGGUUCUGUGACAGGAGACGAGUGGUUCUCAGUUCCAGGUCCAUUAGUUUAUUUUUGUAUUUAUUUUAUUUUUUAUAUUCAUUGGUUUGCAGAGCACUGGACAUUAUAUGAAUCACUACGCCCCUACAGGGAGAGAUUGUCUUGGAUCAAAUAACCUCAUUCCAACAUAUUUAUGCAAGAGGAUGUGUAUAUUAAUAUUUUUGUGAACAUAUCUGAUUGUGCUUAAUUAUAUACAUUUCAUAAAUUCCAACCGUUGAAUGGUGUUUUGUUAAGUUUUUGACCCAUCCAUCUAAUUUCAUUUUCCAGAUGCAAAUAUUCCCAGGGUCGAACUACCAGUUUACAUAAAUGUGAUUUAAGAACUAUAGGCCUGUCUGUUUAGCGCUCAUUUAACAAGCUAUUUAUGUAAAUGACAGGUGAGGUUGCUCUUGUAAUUCCUAUUUUGUUGUUGAACACCUUGUAGUCCACGACUGCUUUAAACCUCUAUGCAACAGGGGUAUAUUUAUUGAGAUAAAGAUUAGGUCACUUUCCAUGAAAACUAUGCAGAUCAAAACGGAACAUAAUUCUUCAUAUAGUGCUUAGCUACUCAGGCAGUUGAACUCAGUGAGAGCUCAGAUCUCUAACAGAGGAUCUCAUACCACAGGUGGGAUUCUAGGCCAUGAUUAGGGUGCUCUAGGAAGUGUCUUUAAAGGUAGUCUGUUGUGCAAGAAACAGGGUGACACCUUGAUUCCCCAAGGGCAGAUCGCUGAUAUCCAAUUAUUUCUACAUGGGUUUAUACACAGGUCAGACUUUGAAUACUAGGUAUUCUCCAUUGUGACUUUUUUGAUUCUUGUAUUUAUGUGAUCAUCCAGGUCCCCUAGUCCCAAGAAUUCUACACUAAAAUAUAUGUUCAGAAGAACCAUGAUUGCAAAGGACGUAUUGAUGCAUUUUCUCUCUUCUGAGCUUAUCGAUUUACGAUUUUAGGUAAGCAUUGCAUGUUGUAAUAACUGCAUUUGUCCUAUGGUUUAGUAUGAGCUUGUUAUUUUGAUGCUUGACUGUUUUAUUCUAAAUAAAAGGAAAUGACUCCUUUCUGGUGGUGUUAGAGAAUUGGCCUUUGGUUCUGUCCAUCAGGAUUUGCUUUGAUGUACGCGUUUACAUGAUCUUCGAUUUGUCAGAAAUGGCCAAAAUGAGAAAAUUGGAGAUUAAACUGAGGACAUGUGCUUAAUGUACUUACAUAUUGAACGGCUGAAUUGAUGGUGUGUCCAGUCCCUGGGUAACUGUCUUAUCAACUUGGAAUAGACUAUGGAAAUAAAACAUUGAAUAUCA